AUGAUUGAUUUUGAAGGGAAAUGGCCGAGGAUUGCACUGUGCGUUGGCUGUGGGUCUCAGAUCUAUGAUCAGUACAUAUUACGUGUGUCCCCAGACCUGGAAUGGCACGCGGCUUGCCUUAAAUGUGCUGAUUGUCAUCAAUUCCUGGAUGAGUCGUGUACUUGCUUUGUAAGGGAUGGCAAGACUUAUUGCAAACGCGAUUACUUAAGACUGUUCGGAGCGAAGUGUGCGAACUGUUCCAAGAGUUUCAGCAAAAGUGAUUUAGUGAUGAGGGCUCGCAAUAAGAUCUAUCACAUCGACUGUUUCCGAUGUAUCGCAUGUUCGCGACAACUGAACCGCGGCGACGAGUUUGCACUCCGAGACGACGGCCUCUUCUGUAAAGCAGAUCAUGAAGUACUUGAAAAAAACGCUCCCAUCACUAACACUGACAAAGAUAUUAAUGCAUCAAAUGGUUUAUCCUUAAGUAAUGGUCCAAACGGACCUAAUAGUGAUAUUAAUGCUACAGCCGAACCGAUACCAUUGGGCCGACACCACCGGGAAUCGGGUCGUCCGAGUGGUCACAAACAGAGUGCCGAACAUAAGCCGACGCGAGUGAGGACUGUAUUGAAUGAGAAACAGUUGCAUACACUGAGGACGUGCUAUAACGCCAAUCCACGUCCCGAUGCCCUCAUGAAAGAGCAAUUGGUCGAAAUGACAGGAUUAUCGCCCAGAGUUAUCAGGGUCUGGUUUCAAAACAAGAGAUGCAAAGACAAGAAACGAAGUAUUUUAAUGAAACAAAUGCAACAACAAGAAAAGGACGGAAGACAAUUGAACUUAUCAUCGAUGCGUGGCGUUCCCCUCAUAGCCACGAGUCCUGUUCGUCAUGAAAGUCCAAUUCAAGUAAACCCACUCGAAGUACAAACCUACCAGCCUCCAUGGAAAGCACUGGCAGAUUAUGCACUACAGCCUGACAUUGAUCCCAAUGCGCCUCACUUUCAACAACUCGUAAGUCAGAUGCACGGCUAUUCAGAUUUGCCACCAAAUGAUACAUCGUUAUCAUCAUUGCACGGUCCGCCUACCGGCCCCUGUACUCCAUUGUCAUAUUUAGAGCCAGACCUACACCAGCCUUCGAGCAACAUGUCAUCUGACCUCUCGAGUCCCUGUGCCAGCGAUUGAGACUACAAUCUAUAGCCACAAACACUGUUAGUUCCUGAACAUUGAGGCAUACAUUCUGUACAUCUCUAUUAUUUAACCAUUUUAUGUAUUUUAAGUCAUUAUUUGAAAGCCUUUUAAACAAAAAUAAUUUACAAAAACAAAAGAAAAAUUUAUUAUUUUUAUUCUAAUUAAUAAUUUGUUGUCCAUUGUAUUUAACCCUAAAAUUCUCAUACAGUAAAUUGUUUACUAUUUUUAGAAAAAAGGC